GUGCCCCUCUGCUUCCCUUCUUCUGCGGGUUCGUUCGUGCUAUUCUAGAUCUCUUCUGAAUGCGUCACAUUUUCGUCGGUUCUAGAUCUCUUCUCAUGACUCAACGGAACGUCGCAAAUUCGCAAACGUCAUAACCUACAGCUCAACGACAACGUUAAAGUCGUAUAUGGUCCUGUCUUUUCAGUAUCCUCCUCGUCCUUAAUCCACGUUCUUCCGAGCCGCGUUAUCCACGAUUUCCUCGAUCUACUUCCGCAUUCCCGAACUCUGCUCUCCAAGCUUUAUAAGCCCCCAGCUAUAAAAGUGAAAGGAUUUCUCUCCCGAGUUCGACUUUGUCAUAACAACACCUACAAAACCCCGUCAUGGAUUUCAACAGCUCCUCGCCCUUCCCAGAGGGCGUCAUCUCCUUCCUCGACACUGAUCUGUACAAGUUGACGAUGCAAUGUGCCGUCUUCAAGUUCUUCAAAGAUGUACCUGUGACAUACGCCUACACCAACCGAACUCCAGACAAGAAGCUGUCGCGAACCGCCUUCAAGUGGCUCGAAGAGCAAAUUCGAAAGCUUGGAAACAUUUCUCUUUCCACCGAUGAAUACCUUUUCCUCAAGAAGCACUGCGACUACCUCUCUGACGACUACCUCAACUUCCUCAAGGAGUUCCGCCUUAGCCCCCGAGAACAAGUUGUCGCUACCUUCACUCCUGUCGGCGAGGAUAAUGGAGAUGACUCAAUUGUUGGCGACGUUGAUAUUCAAAUCAAGGGCACUUGGGUCGACACAAUUCUCUACGAAAUUCCCAUGCUUGCGCUGACAUCCGAGGCGUACUUCAAGUUCAUGGACACAGACUGGAACUAUGAGGGCCAAGAAAAGCAAGCAUUCGAGAAGGGACUUAAGCUAUUGGAGGCAGGAUGCAUCACAUCCGAAUUCGGCACAAGAAGACGUCGCGACUACCACACCCAGGCCCUUGUAUUCCGAGGAUUGGUGCAAGCUUCCAAGGAAGCUGAGAAGAAGGGAUUCCCUGGCAAGCUAUCUGGAACCAGUAACGUCCAUCUGGCUAUGCGCUUCAACAUCCCACCUGUAGGAACUGUUGCUCACGAGUGGUUCAUGGGUGUUGCCGCUAUUAUUGGUGACUACAAGUCAGCCACCGAGGUUGCACUGCGACACUGGGUAGCUUGUUUCGGCAACAAGCUCGGUAUUGCUUUGACCGACACUUUCGGAACUCAAGAGUUUCUGCGAGCUUUCACUCAGCCUGUGCAACCUAUCGAGGGUGGCUUCCCAGCAGAGACCUUCAAGAAGGCUGACGGAACCAUGAAGACAUACGCAGAGACCUUUGCUGGUAUUCGUCAAGAUUCUGGCGACCCUGCAGAAUACACUAAGUGGAUGAGAGAGUUCUACGACAAGCAGGGUAUCACUGACAAGAAGCUCAUUGUUUUCUCUGACUCACUGAACAUCGAGAGGUGUCUCGAGUAUAAGAAGAUUGCCGAGGACCUUGGCUUCCAGCCAACAUUUGGUGUGGGAACGUACCUUACCAACGACUUUGUGCAUCUCAAGACUGGCACCAAAUCUGUGCCUUUGAACAUUGUCAUCAAGAUCAGCUCAGCGGCAGGCCGCCCGGCUGUCAAGAUCAGUGACAACAUUGGAAAGAACACGGGCGACAAGGAGACUGUAGAGAAGGUCAAGAAGGAGCUUGGAUACGUCGAACGCGAGUGGAAGGAGGGCGACGAGACCUCACGAUGGGGUAAGGAAUAAGGGGAAAAUAGACUAAGAUACCAGGCACUUAUUGCCGAUUUGAUUAAGGGAGGGCCAUAUAAGCACCAGAAAAGAGACAGGAAACAGCGCAAGCUUGGAUUAUCGAGACCAAUUGGUUAUGCUGUAAUACUGCUUUAGAUCUGAACGCCGCUCAAUCAUAUAAAAUUAUAUUAAACUGAGUUGGGUAUCUGCAUGGCCUACAAACAAGCCGAAUAAGUGGUGAGUCCGUCAUGCCGAAUAGUUCUACACAUUUUGUACAAAACGCAGCCAUACAUCAUGGCUCUUUUGUAGCCCCGACAAUGGGCGCCAAACCAACUUCUGCCCUAGCCCAAGUAAUACACUCUCUCCACUCAGACAUAUCCAUAAUAUCAAACUCGGGAUCAGGUUCCCACAGCAUCUCUGAGACUUCGUCCACCAUCUUCUUGCCAAAGGUGCCAACCCACCAAGCGAUCUUGCCUAACGUGUCAAGCUGCACUCCCCAGAAUACCAUCAAAAGUAAAGCCAUUGGAUCUGAGCUCUUGAGCGCCAACCCAAAGUCUCGUCCUGCGAGUGCAGGAAAUCCUAUCGCCAUGCCCUUGAAGAUGUCUUUGGAGUCUUGUACGAAACACGUUUGUAUGGCGGAGAAGCUUGUGCGGUAUGAGCUGAUCCGUACACUGGCUUCGGACUGGUCGUUUGGAGUUGAACCGGAGGGUGUUUCGCAGGCUUUGUUGAUGAUAGUGCUUAGACUCUCCAGAGCUUCCUCGGUUUCCUUGCUCAACGAUGUGGGUGUCUCAGUCUGAAGUUGUGUUCUUAACAUUAAAGCCUCUGUAGAUCGCGAUAGAGCUCCUGAUAUCAAAGCGUCGAAGUGCUGAUUGGCGAUAGAGGCAUUUCCCAUGAGAAGCUCCCACAAUGUCACCAUGCGUUCUAAAACACCCUCGUGAAGCUCUUCGAAAGCACUGCAUUGGCCGAGAGCCAUGUUAACAGCCACAGCAAGGAAUGAGAACAUGAAGAUCUUCUGGGCAUUCUCAGAGUUGACGUUCUCAAGCUGUGCUCUGAACGAACGACUUGCUUUAUCGUAGUACUCCACCGCCAACUUGGCAUAAUAUGUGUCAUAGUCUUCUUCAACAACUACAGCACCCCCGCAGAGCGCGACUUCGAGAGCUGAGAAGGCAAACAUGCCCUGUAGGAGAUACUCAUGCUUAAGAGCCCAGCGAGCCAUGUCUUCUUGUAGCCAUUGGUUAUCUUCUGGAAUACUAGCCAGACUCUUGUAGCUUGAUGAUGUCCAGCGGUGCAUCAGUUCAAGCUCUAUUUUGCGUCUGGUCUCUGUUGCUGGGAGCUGGGUUGGUGGCUCGGUGAGAUAUGAGCAGCCUUCGAGAUUGCGGGCUAGACAGUUGGUGCAGGGAGGUCCUCCUUCGUCA